AUGUACUUCGUCUCUGCGGCCAAGGCCCUUGUGGCCGCUGCUGUCUUCUCAGCUGUCACUGCUCACAACAUCGUCCUGCCUGCUCACGGCCGUGAAUGCUUUCACGAGUCCCUACACAAGGAUGACACUAUGACUGUCACUUUCCAGGUUGGCGAUCGGGAAUUCGGCAGCGCAGGCAACCUUGACAUUGACUUCUGGAUUACCAACCCUGCUGGUCAAUACGAGACAAACGAGAAGAGCAUCUCCAACGGCGAUUAUUCGUUCACAGCCAAGCAUGAUGGCAAAUACAUAUACUGCUUCGGAAAUGAGAACUGGGGUGCCAACACCAAGGAGGUCUCCUUCAACGUCCACGGAAUCGUCUACGUGAGCGAGCACGAGAUGCCUGCCGACCCCCUCGACCGUGAAGUUCGGAAGCUGUCCGAUCUUCUUGCUCAAGUCAAGGACGAACAAGAAUAUAUCGUGAUGCGUGAGCGCACCCACCGAAACACCGCCGAAAGCACCAACAGCCGAGUCAAGUGGUGGAACAUGUUCGUCAUUGGUGUUGUCAUUGGUGAAUCUCUCUUCCAGGUCUGGUGGCUGCGACGUUUCUUCGAGGUCAAGCGGGUGGUUUAA